AUGCGAGCCGCUUCUUGGACGCUGAGCACUCUGGCUCUUUCACUGCCUCUUGUUCAUGCCCUUCAAGUGACGCCUGACUCGGAGUGCGCUGCUCUGUGCUCCGACGGUACGAACACCACUCUUAGCGACGCCAGCCUCUCAAGAACGAACUCCUCCGACAUUGUGUGCGGGGAUGACGAUUAUUCCAAAACAGGGAAAGGAAUUAGAUUCAAGAAUUGCCUCAAUUGUCUUCAGAAGAGUGAAGCUACAUGGGAGGAAGAGAGUGAUGUGUUUUGGUUUCUGUACAACAUUCGAUAUGCUUUUGAUGUCUGUCUCUAUUCUUACCCCGACGCGGUGGUAUCAGGGACCAUCAACUCUCCCUGUAACAUCGAAACCUCCUGCGGGUCUCUUGAGGAUGCUCUGAAGACUUCCUUGCUCAAGUCAAAUGCUGACAAUCAGCUCGACUAUUGCACGGCUGAAGAUUCCAUCAUCAAUGGUCCCAGCUACAAGGAGUGCAUUGGUUGCUUGCAAUCAACGUCAGACCAAACGUACCUCGCCAACUUUUUGAUAGCCUUGAAAGCCGGCUGUAUGCAGAAACCUAAGAAGGGCCAUAUCAUCGGCCUUAGUGGGACAAUAUUCAUUUCAUCACUGGUCAACAUAACCGAUCCAGACACCAAUGAGACACUCCCAGGCGACGGCGGCGCUCCUGUUGGUUCCAUGACUACCGGUACCAUUGUGGGUAUUGCGGUAGGAGGUGGUCUUGGAGUCGCUGCCGACCACGUCGUGGAGCGGGCAUCAAGAUCGAGUCACCACCGCCACCGGAUAUGCCAAUGA